UUGCACAUAUUUAGUGACGAUUUUGUGUUGGUUUGCAGCUGUGCACUGAGAGAAUGUGAAACACUUUACAUAUUCCACUACGAAAUAAACUCGAAAAGAAAGAUAAACCAAAAAGAAGUUAUAAAGAAUAAAUUCCAGUGCAAGUGUUCGAGGAUGAUCCAGGAAAAAAGAACAGUUAGCGACCGAAUGAGGCGGAAAGAGGAUAACGAAAAAUUGUUAGUGGAAUAGCGCUGUGAGCGCUCAAAGCUUUUGGCCGAGCAAGCCCAUAGCAUUUACAAAAACAAAUGAGCACUCAGAGCAUUCCCGUUGAGCACCUCUAUUGUAGAGUAUUAGGGUAUAGUUUAGUCGUUAUUAAGGAAGCUUCGAGCCGCGGUUGUUUUUUGUUCAUUUUCAUUUAUAUAGGAGACUAUACGUUUUAUUUCAAAACAAAAAGGCAACAUGUCAUAAAUUUUUCAUUCAAAAAGUCAUUUACUUCAUUUACUUAAUACUGUCAUGUGCUGGUGAUAUACAUACACUCAAAGUUCAUAGUUCGACAAUAUCCACAACGGAAAAAGAGAUUCAUACAUUUAGAAUAUGGCCGAUAAGGGCGGCUAUAAUCCUUACGAAAACAGGAAUGUUGUUAAACCGAUAUCCGAUUUUGGGGCCUUUGUGUCGCUACUGAAGUGCGUGGUCGGAACCGGAGUUUUGGCUUUACCCUUGGCAUUUUACUUCGCUGGGAUAGUGAAUGGCGUUAUUCUGCUAGUCCUGAUCUGCUUUAUGCUAAUCCAUGGCAUGCAAAUGCUGAUUAUUUGUAUGGUGGAGACCUCCCGGCGACUCCAGGUCGGCUAUGCCACUUAUCCAGAGACGAUGGCCUAUGCUUUUGGCCAGGGACCGAAAUGCUUCAAAUGUAUGGCAAAGGCUGGGGGUUAUAUAGCGGACAUAGUAUUGUGCUUGUCGCAAUUCGGGGUUUGUGUUGUCUAUAUAAUCUUUGUAUCGGUCAACAUAAAACAGCUAUGUGAUUAUCACGUAAAAGUAAUCGACCUGAGAAUCUUUAUCGUAAUCGUAGGAUUCUUCAUGAUCUUCCCCUUUCUGUUACGCCGACUAAAGUAUCUCGUACCGUUUAAUAUUGCGGCCAGCAUUUUUAUAUACACCGGCUUCGCAAUAAUGAUGUACUAUCUGUUCGUCGAUCUACCUCCAAUAAGCGAACGCAAUCUAUUCUUUGGCCCCAUAGAAAAAUUGCCAAUGUUUUUUGGCAUUGCCCUGUUCUCGAUCACAUCGGUGGGCGUGAUGCUGGCCGUUGAAGCACAGAUGGCUCAUCCGGAACAUUACAUCGGCUGGUUUGGAGUUCUCGAUAUGGCCAUAGUGUUGGUUAUAUUUUCCUAUGUCUUUUUCGGAGUCAUGGGCUACUGGCGCUAUGGCGACGAAGUUAAAGGCAGUUUAUCGCUAAAUAUUCCCACCGACGAGACAGUAUCGCAGGUUUCCAAGGGUUUUAUUGCCACUGCCAUUUUCCUGACCUAUCCCCUGACAGGUUGUGUGGUCAUUGACAUUAUAAUGACCCAUUAUUGGAACAAGGACGGUGAACUAAAGCACGCUGUUAUAAAGGAACUGAUACUUCGCGUAUGUUAUGUAAUAGUUAGCGUCAUAGUUGGAAUCGUACUACCAGAUCUGGGACCACUACUGUCACUGGUCGGAGCCUUUACUAUAUCCCUACUGAACCUAGUAUUUCCCGCUAUGAUUGAGAUCUGUUUAUAUUAUCCGCCGGAAUAUGAUUAUGGCAAAUAUCGAUGGAAACUCGUAAAGGAUAUAUUUUAUAUAGUUGUUGGAACAAUUAUAUUGGUGCAAGGCACCGCAUUCUCUAUAAAGGACAUGCUUAAGAUGUGGGUCGGAGAAGACACGACCGAAGGACCGGAAACAACUGAAACAACUGAGGCCUUGACCACCACCCCUACAGUUGCGGAUCCACCACCAGCACUAAGAUUCCUAUAAAGCUUUCCUAUUUAUGAGCCAAAUUAUCAAAAACUUCUUCGAUUUUUUAGGCAAUUCAACGAUUUAAAUUUAGAGUUAUAGCAAGAAGUUACCAUAAGAAGAUUUGUUAUAUCCAGCCUUUAAUAUAGGUUGAAGGCUUGGGUAAUCUUGUGAAUGUAAUAAAAAAAGGCUCAUACUUAA